GCACACAUUCGUCUCUUGCCGCAGAGAUCGUAUGCUUACUACCGGGCUGCUAAACCUCUCUUCGUUCUCGCUGUCGCCACUGGACGCGAGGGGGCGGGGCUUGUGUUGGGCGCAUUCACUCAGCUUUUGACGUGUAAAAGAAGCAUAGUAGGCCGCCACUGGUGGAGUAAGGACUAAGGCUCACAAGUGUCGAGAAGAAAAGUGGUUCUCUAUUGUUUUUUCACGGGACAGGUGUUUCGAUGCUUCUGUCGUUACGUGCAAACUUUUCUCAAGUUUUGACAACUUGGACGCGCAGGAUUUAAAUUGUGAACGUGUAGAUUUUGAUUCACAAAUUUCGAGAUUAACCCACCUGGAGUAAACACGUUGUUUUUCUCUUCCCAUGGACGAAUACCAGUCUGCAGUAUGUCUAAAUCUCACAAUCUAAUUGUGACGUGAAAUGUACUAAGCGCUGUGGGCGACUUUGUCCACCGGAGAAAUUGUCUCUGUAUGAGAGUAUUGCUAUGUUUUAUCGUACUGGAUGAAGUUUAUUGAAUUUUCAAAAUGAAAAAUCCAUCGUGUUUGGUGAUUGUUGUGUACAUAUUAUUUCACUACGUUGUGACUAAGGAGCAAGGGUCGACCAUCGAUGCGGGGAAAAACAUUCUGUUGCACGAGGCCGUGAGGAAGCUGCUUGGCUUCACCACUACCCCUCCCAAGCCAUCCAGAGAGAUACCAAACCCAUACGAAAAGGAAACCAACCCACCCAAGUACAUAAUGGAUCUGUACGAAAAAUACAAAUUUAGUGAAAGUCAUCAAGAAGAGUUGCUGGGGAACACUGUGAGGAGUCUUCACGCUGAAAUAGGGGAGGUGAAUGACGAGGCCAUGUUCAUCUUUAACUUAUCAUCAAUAGCACCAACAGAAAAAGUUUUGAGUGCGGAAGUGCAUUUAUAUAAAAGAAGGUCGAAACCUUGGCACAAAAAGACAGAUGUUGAUGUGCAUAUAUAUGAAAUAGCUCCACAUUAUUUAAGCCAAAAUGGCAAAAUAACAAUGAGAAACUCAGCAUAUGGCUGGCAGUGGUAUGACGUUACGGACGCUGUGCUUAGUUGCUUAGCAGCAAGGCGGCCACGCCCUCAUCUUUUUGCCCUAAGCUUCAAAACAGAAAAAUCAAAUGGUAAAGAGAGGACAGUUGCAUUAAAAAGAUUUGUCCGGCAUCAUUCUAUGCCGUUUCUUAUUGUGUAUUCGAAUGAAACACGGAGCAUUAAUCUGGACCAGUUGGAUAAACUUGCAGAGUCACUUAAACACAAGGAGAACCAGAGACACAGCGUGAUACAUUCUACAGUUGCCCCAGGUAACAGGUCUCCGCUUUUGGAUUCAUUGUCUGGAACCGGAAGUCCGCGCCAAGAGUCUGCAGUCCGAGCCAAGAGGUCCAUUUUCAACAACGAGAUCCCGGAGGACGCGGCCGAUUAUAACCGCUUCCACAACAAGUUCAACAUUCCACAAACACAUCCUGGUAUCCUGCAGGCUAGGAAGGAGACGCACACGAAGCUGACGGACAAUCAGCUUAUCCCUUACCCCUCCGAGAAGCGCAAAAAGCGGAAGCGGAAACACAGAAGGCGCAACCGGAAGAAGAACAAGAAGCCCAAUAAGCGGCGUUUGAAGCUUCCGGAAGAAUGGGAGGAUUACCAUGACAACAAAGCCAGCACUGACAACAACCCCAGUAAUGUGUGUGGUAAACGAAAACUAAUUGUGGAUUUCGCUGAUAUCGGUUGGGGAGAGUGGAUUAUAUCCCCCAAAUCCUUUGAAGCUCACUACUGUGCCGGUAUCUGCCCCUUCCCCCUAACAAAGCGCCUCCGACCAUCCAACCAUGCGACAAUACAGAGCAUUGUAAACGCCAUAGGAAUCUACUCCAAUGUCCCCGCCCCGUGCUGUGUCCCCGACGCCAUGUCCUCCGUAACAUUGCUCUACUUCGACGAGAACCGAAACGUUGUGCUGAAGAACUACCCGGGGAUGACAGUACAGUCGUGCGCAUGUCGAUAGGGUGCGCUGUUUGUGACGUCAUCACUUCGACGUUGUCACGGGUUGCAGGGCCCCGAGGAAGCGUUAUUACGUCAUGGUUGUGGUCGACGGCUCUGAGAUUACACAGAGCCCGUUAUCAACAGUUACGAUUCACGGUACAACCUUGGGACUGAGAAGCAUGGGAGGCAGACAGAGGUUAUCCUGCUGUGACUGUUAGACUGUAAUUGUUGGUAAUAGUUGGUCGACAUAUAUGUAUAAUAGGCAUAUAAUUUAUGCAGUGUUACUUCAUAGUGUAUGUAUUGCAUAAUUACUGAUGGUUGGUCCAUGGUGUCAACGCCGGAUGCGAGGAAGCACGUGUGUAGCUAGGACUAUGUUUAGUGAUGCACGAACAUGGCCCCAUCCUGAUGCUAUUGUAAGGGAAAGUACCACGAAUCAAGCGACCUUGACACUCGACGCAGCAGGCCCAUGUCAAUCUCCCUUUGUGAAGAAACACGUAUUCCUGGGACAAGAGGGAUGAUUACGCAUGCGUGGUUACAACGAGCACCUGUUAAUGGAGUGAAGGGCGUUCAUGCUGCCUGUUUCCCUCCCCGUGUUAGGGAGCUGUUAAGAACUGGCCAUGUCACCACGUGUACAUACUGUUUUCUGGGUCACAUUCAGACCACAUGUCCUGGCGUUCCCUGUGGCAAAGGCCGGACAAUCGGACAGACGGACAGUUGUCUGUCGGUCACAUCUACCUCUCUAUACUGUUUGGGCUUGACCUAAGGUCAAGGUACAGACACACAAGACUAUUAAAUAUACCUUGCAUUAACACUUUCAUCUCUUCGCGAGCUGCCGUUCGCACUGUGUACAAAGCCGAGAUGGAAGUUGAGGUUGUGUAUGAAUACAUAUAUCACGACCUGAUCACAGCUCACCUGAGCACAUCCGCGUUAUUCACUGACAGUCAUCUACUCUAUGGCUAGGAACCAAGCUAGUUGGGUCAGAAUUAAUCGAAGUACAGGAAUACGUGAUGUAUUUGAAAUCAAUGUUUGUUUGCUUGUUUUCAUAGUUUGUUUCACGUGUCAUAAUUCAAAGUGUCACGUGACACUCGUCAGGUCGGACUUGUGAUGUACAUAUUCCUCGACAUUUAUCAUUGUACAAAAUUACUAUUAUUUAAACAUCUUUACGUACGUGACCCUAUCUUUUGUCAUUUUGCGGGUUGAAUUUAUUUGCCAAACAAGUCUUGAUAUGGCAUUUGUGUUGUCAAUAAAGAGUUUCCGUCAGUAUCUGUA